UGAGAGGGUUAUACGCGUAUUUUAAAAACAUUUUAUAAUUUAUUUCUUGAUGUUAUUAUAUAAUUUUUAAUGUAAUCGUGAAGAUAAAUGUGAUUAAUUCUAUUUUGAGUGACGGCCAUUUUGUUUUGGCGGUGAAUUUAAAAUGUCGGAAGAAGCAGUUAAAUUAGCUAUAUCAACGGAGCGAAUGAUAUUUCUAAUUAAGGACAAGUCAUGUAUAUGGGACAGGAUGGAUCCUAGUUAUAGAGAUAAAUUCUGCAGAGAGAAAGCAUGGUACGAAAUAUACAAGGAAUUGUAUCCAACUUUCGACAAUUUGAAGGAGGGACAGAAAAUACGAAUUGGUCAACAAAUAUCUAAAAAAUGGUUUAAUAUAAGAGAUGCGUACGUGAAAUCAAUAAGAGGUCCAAAAAGAAGACCGUACAUAUAUUCGCAGGCUAUGUCAUUCUUAGACCCAGUCAUUUUGGGGGACAGACAAGACGCCCAGGAUUAUUUAGAAGAACAAUCUAUGGACGGUGAACCGGAGAUAUGGUUGAAUGAAUCCUCAUUUGUAGAUGUCGAUGUUAAUGAACCUCAAGCGAAAAAGCCUAGACACGAGUUGAAGGAGUAUUUAGAUUGUAGUGAAAAUGAUACAAUUGUUAACAUUUUUAGUAAAAUGAUAAAUCGUGAGGAGGAUGAAGACAGGGCAUUCUUCACAUCAAUAACACCAACUGUUAAGACGUUAACUGAUAGUGCUAAAAUAGAAUUUAGGAUAGAGGUUAUGAAAUUAUUGCAGAAAUUAAAAAAUGAUACUAAUACUGAAAUUGUUAUUAAAACUAAUGAUUCUGAUAACGAAUAAAAACUCCUUUGAAUUAUUUGUAGAUAUUUUUGACUGAUCUCAAAGAAUCUUUAUACCGUUAGAUAUAAAUUGAAAAAGUUAGUAGCUAAUUGAAUUUAGUUAAAUAUUUAUUUUAAGGCACUUUUUCAUUAAUAAGAUUUAUAUAGGAAAAGGGAGGGACUUCACUCGGUGUGGUUAUUCAGAAGUAAUAUGGCACCAAGCUAACAUUCAAACGAAAGUUGUUUUUGUUGAAAUGUUUUGAGAACGAAAAAAUUUAGUCCGUUUAUUCUGUACAUAACAAAUUUGUCAUUCGAUUCCCCAUUUGAUAUCUGUUAUUGCAAUGGUUAAAUACUUUAAUGCAAAUAUUAUGAUUAUUUUAGUUAAAGAAUUUAAGAAAUUCUGAUACUGAGUUCUGCGGCGAGUUUCGGAGUUCUGCGUACAGUAUGUUCUGACAGAUUAGCUCAAAAGCAAAGCAAAUACAUUUAAUGAGAGAAACAUUUCAGCGCGAA